AUGCUUGCUCGGCGUACGCUCGGUCGUAUUGCGUCCCAACCUCCCGUGGGGGCUGCCCCAGCGGGUGCUCGGAAUAUGGCCACCCUUCGCGAGAUCGAACUGCGCCUCAAGUCCGUAAGGAACAUCGAGAAAAUCACGAAGUCCAUGAAAAUGAUUGCCUCGACAAAACUCGCGAAAGCCCAGCGCGCCAUGCAAGCAGGCAAGCAAUACGGUGUUGCUAACUCUGAGGUGUUCCAGAACGCGCCUGCAGAGGAGCCCGCCAAACGCAAGCUCUUCAUUGUCAUCUCGUCCGACAAAGGUCUCUGCGGUGGUAUUCACUCAUCCGUCACCAAAGCCACGCGCCGUACAUUUGCAGACAAGGAAGCUGGCAUCGACGCAGACUCACCCAUCAUGGUCAUUGGUGACAAGUCCAAGGCCCAGCUCUCCCGAGCGCUGCCCAAAAACCUUGUGAUGACCUUCAACCAGAUUGGCCGUGACAUUCCUACGUUUGCCGAUGCGGCGGGCGUUGCGGACUUAAUCAUCAAGUCAGGCGUCAAGUACGACGGCAUUGCGAUUGUCUACAACAAGUUCGUCUCGGCAAUUUCGUAUGAGGCUGCUAUCAUGGAGGUGCAGACAGAAGAUGUCCUGAAGAGCGCACCGGGAUUCAAGGCGUACGAGAUGGAGGAUGACGUUACCAAGGACCUCGCGGAAUUCUCCCUCGCUAAUGCGAUCUACGCUACUCUUGUCGAGAGUCACGCAUGCGAACAGAGUGCUCGUCGUAAUGCAAUGGAUAACGCGUCGAAGAACGCGACGGACAUGAUUGGCAAGCUUCAAAUGCAGUACAAUCGUGGUCGUCAAGCCGCUAUCACGAACGAACUCGUGGAUAUCAUUACUGGUGCCAGUGCUUUGUGA